UGCGCUGUACUACGCGCUUUAAACAAGUCCUCAAGAGAGUGGAACAUGAAGGCGUUAGAUUGACAAAGAGUGUUCCGCGAGUCGCGAGAAGAAAAUGGAGGCUGCAUUGGGUAUACCCGUGGGGGAAGAAAUUUAACCCUGAUAAAUUCAUAUUUAGUUACUAAGCCUGUCAUUGGGGAGGAGGAAAACUCCUCGUUGAAACCCCGGACUCGUUGUUACUGACAAAUUAGAAUCAUCAAAGCGAAUCCACUGGCACCGGGGGUCUAACUAGGCUAACAACCCGUUUUUCUCAAAACUAAUUAGGCGAGGGUGUUAGCGAGCUAGGCCGUAUGUUGCGGAGCAGAAGUCGGGUUCGCCAUGAAUAUGAGAUCCACUGUGUUUGCCAGUGCUGGAUAUAAACUGGAUACGGAAAAAAUCGACAUAGACAAAUCGCAAACGGCGACCACAAACUCCAUCAGUAUAAAGAGGGGGCCGUGCGACUUCCUCAUUGACGUUCAGGACGUGCUUGGGGACAUCCACAACAGCAGCGGUGGAAAGAAACUCCUGAAAAAAUCCAAGAAACCGAACCAGAAUCACGCCAGCAAAGCCGCUCGGACCCCUGUGGCGGCUGGACAGAACAAAGCGGGAGCGGUGGUAGGGCACGCCGAGAACUGGGUGAGCGUGGGGGCCCUGACAGCCCCGGGUAAACAGAUGGGGGGCGAGGGCACCCCGGUAAAGAGCAAAACCCUAUUUGGACAGACCAACAGUAUGGAUAAGACUGACCCGACUGCGGUGAACGCUAACAACAGCUCCAGGGACGCUGGUACCGAGGGGGGCGACAGAGGGAUUGCUGCUGCAGGAGUCCUUAACACUCCAUCGCUCGAGCUUAGCACGGAGGGCAAGUGGAAAAACGUCCGGAAAGCCACCAGCCACUCCCCCACUCAAGCUACCUGCCUCCGCCAGAUUCUCUUGCUGCAGCUGGACCUGAUCGAACAGCAGCAACAACAGCUGCAGUCCAAGGACAAGGAAAUAGAUGAACUCAAAGCGGACAAGGAGACGCUGCUGGCCCGAAUUGAGCGUAUGGAACGCCGCCUGCAGCUGGUAAAGAAGGAUUCCCGUGACAAGCGCCUCUUCCAGCCACUAGAGCCCUGGACACCUGACAAGGAUGACUUGCUGGAGGGAGAAUCGAGUGACAGUCCACAGCUCCACACCCCCAAGCCCCUCACCUUUGGCAGGGGCGGAAAAGGCCACAAAAGGAAGUUUUGCUUCCUUGACUCCAAGACUCCCAAGUCACGAGGUAAGUCCUCAAAGUACUCCCCACAGAAGUCGGACUCAGAGGCGGGUUCUCCCUUCCAGAGGGAGCUCCGUGGUAAGGAGACCCCAGAGAAGAUCAGUGUGUACAGGCCGCUGCUGCAGGCGGACACCCCGCCCUCCAUCAAAGAGGAUCCCCACAGUGCCACUGCUGAGAUGGAGGAUUUGCCCUACAUGUCCACCACUGAAAUGUACCUGUGCCGCUGGCACCAGCCACCCUCCUCGCCCCUGCGUGAAACUUCACCCAAGAAGGAAGAAGUCGUGGCAAUCCCUUCUUGGAGGGAGAAUAGUGUGGAGCCCCUAGACGAAGGGGCAGCCUCUGAUGUUCCUGAGAAUUUGGACGAUGGUGUCUUUUUGAAGCGGCAUGCAAAGCUGGAGCUGGAUGAGAAGAGAAGGAAAAGAUGGGACAUCCAGAGGAUCCGUGAGCAGCGGAUGUUCCAGCGACUGCAACAGCGCAUGAACAAGAAGAAGGGCAUCCCGGAGAGCGAGCCCGAGGUGUCAUCCUUCUACCCCGACACAGAGGAAGUGGAGUCCCUGAUGAUCACACCCUUCUUGCCUGUGGUGGCAUUUGGCCGGCCAUUGCCUAGAAUGACACAACAGAACUUUGAGCUGCCCUGGCUGGACGAACGCAGCCGUUGCCGUAUCGAGAUGCAGAAGAAGCAGACUCCCCAUCGGACCUGCCGAAAUGAGGCUGGAGAGCAGCGCCGGCAGGGUAGCACACAGCGUGACCCAUCUGCGGUGGUAUGAACUGCUGCCCGAGUUGACCCGCUCUCUGACCAUCAGCCUCUUGAGAACAGGGAGCAGUGGAGUGGUGGCUGUUGGCUGGUGUGCUUUCACCAUGGUCUGAAUUCAAAACAGAGCAACGGCACUUCAGUUCUGCCUCCAAACUGCAGCAAAAUGUGGGAAUAUAUUAUUAUUAAAGCGAGGCUUGGAAGCUCAUGUGUAACUUCACAGCUAAUGGGGGGUGAUGUGCACACACUAAUUACAGAAAGUUCUCCCUUGACAGGACCCAUUACCUUGAGAUUCAUUGUGGGUGAAAGACUUGAUUGGCUAGGUUUUCAGCACUGUAAAACCCACCUGUUUUCUCCUGUCUGUUUAUGCAGCGUAAUAUUGUUUGUGGCCACAGCUUUAAAGAUUCACAUUUGCACUAAUGCACACUGUAGUGUGGAGACAGGGUGCCUAAUCCACUCUCAGUUGAAGAGUGGGUCCAACGUGGCUUUUACAUCAAUGCAUUGGUGUAACUCACACAUGCAAGUAUAUUUUCGUGCACUUGAGACUGCCUGGAAACACAGUGUAUGAAAAUAUAUUCAACUAAAGGGAAAAGCAAACGCUGAUGUCAACCAAAAUGGAGAUUAUGGGAGGUGAGGUUUCAGAGAAAAAUGGGUUAAAGGUUCUGACAUGGGACAUUUGGAGGAAGGAGUAGGGUGUUUUUUCAAAUGCUAACAGUCUGUUCAGCAAUCAAUCCACUAUGAAAAAUGCAGAUUAAUUUGCUGCAGGAAAUUUAUCAUAUUGUAGGGUAGGUUAAUCAGAGACUAGAAUAAGUAGACUACCUUUGAAGAGUAAUUCAACCGGGAAAUUGUGAAAGGCACUACAGAACAAAAGCCCCAAUACCUACACAUGUUGUAGCCCAUACAUAACAACAAAAAUGGUCAAAUUACUGCCAAGAACAUUGGAGCAGUGUCCAAGGUAGUUGGAAGUAGGUCCUGCCUUAUAUUCGUCUACUAUGGCAACAUGUUCCAUGCCCCAGCCUCUCUUCCUCUUUAUCUUGGAUUCACUUUUUGUCCUAGUCUGAAAAAUGCAGUGUUUUGCACCUCAGAAACCAUAGCAGUGAAUGCAUUCUACAGAGCAGCUGUCCUCGUCCAAGAGGAAUUUCAAGAACAUUCAAAAAGCUGGCAAAAUGAACACACAGUCAAAAGUCACAACUUUUCUGCAUGAACCUGGGGUGUUGCAUUCUUCUGUAACACUUGGAUGGUGUUUGUUUUGCUUUUGUUUUAUGUUUACUGAAGGUUUAUUUUGUGUCUUUAAUUUUUGGCCUUUGCUGUGUUUUGGUUGGUGUACCCAAAGAAUAAUUAGAUAGAUGAAAACGCAAGUACUGUACACCUGGGCAUGGUCUGCCAUGCAAAUGAAAGUUGCUUGUGUGUGAAUUAUAUUGGGGGGGAAACUCACUUUCAUGGCAAAAAUUUGAUUUGAAGUGGAUCAGUACAAAGGCACAAAGUGAAUGAAAGUUCUGUUUUAGAAUGGACGGAUUUGGAGUCAUGAUACUCAAGAAGUUUGGUGGGAUGCUCCUUUCUUCUGUAGGUUACCACAGAGGUAAGAGAUCAGUAAUGUGCAGAAGGGACUGUCGGCUUGACUGAAAAGAUAUGGUUAUAUGGGUGUGCUGGGUACAUCUGUGUGAAUGCAUGGCAGUGUCUUACUGCUUGGUCGGGGAAGUCUUCGCUAUGAAACUGCUUUGCUACGACAGUCAGCAUUUCUAAUGAGGUCUGCAAGAAUGAGUAACAUCCAAUGGUUUAUCUGAAUACCACUCACACCUCCCUGUAAGUCUGGAUUGAUGCUGAAGCAGUGAGCCUCUCAGAUGUCAUUCAAUGACUUUCUUUUGCUUCUGAUAUAUUUACGACUAUUCUUCCAAAGGAGGAAUGCUUCCAUUGGGCUGUAUAUGUCUGAGGCUUUUGUUGCUCUGUUAGUGUUGUGUCAUUUGGAGCCCUCUCUAGUGCCCAUUGGGUAUGUCCCUCAAGACUUCAGCUACAAAGAAUCUUACUGAGCCUGCAAAUGCAGUACACCUUACCAUUCAUGAAUUUGCCAGCAACUUCUUAUAGCAAAUACUGCAUUUAAAUUUGCGUACAGAUUAUGGCUUUGUUCAGUUUGCCCCCAUCAGCCGCUGUUGUCUUUUAUAGGCGUUAAUCAAGCUCAGCUCUUUUGAUUUCUUUUUCUUGGCUCUUUUAGUGACCUCUGCUGAUGUUAAACUGUCUGGUUCCUUUUAACGCAAUGUUGCUGUGUGCUACCCUGUUACUUUACCAUUCAUCUGAUGGUAUCAUAACUAUUCUUACCACUGCAACGCUACAGAGGACAAAUAAAAUUAGGUUUUAGAAACAUAAAAUUGGGCUUCUGUACAUAGCGUCCAGAAACAAAACAUUGUACAUACGGAAGACG